GUACUCACUGCGCACGCGCGGCCGUCGGCGUGGUCCCCAUGGAGCUGCUUUAGCAGACCCGGCGACGCCGCUAGCUUCCGAGAUGAGCGCUGCAGAGGCCGACCGCUGGGCGUGGCUGCUGGUGCUCAGCUUCGUGUUUGGGUGCAAUGUGCUCAGGAUCCUCCUCCCGUCCUUCUCCUUCUUCAUGUCCCGGGUGCUGCAGAAAGAUGCAGAGCAGGAGUCCCAGAUGCGAGCCGAGAUCCAGGGCAUGAAGCAGGAGCUCUCCACCGUCAACAUGAUGGAUGAGUUCGCCAGAUAUGCCAGGCUGGAGAGGAGGAUCAACAAGAUGACGGAUAAACUCAAAACUCAUGUGAAAGCACGGACAGCUCAGUUGGCCAAGAUAAAAUGGGUUGUGAGUGUUGCCUUCUACAUAUUGCAAAGGACGCUGCAGCCACGGUGUUUCAGCCUCCCCAAGAUGAGCGCUAGAGGAACAGGAUGCCCGCCAUCUAGUGGUCAACUGCUGCAGCUGCCCUGACAGUGCACCCUGAGGAGACUCAGCAUGCGAAAAAACACAGGAUCCUGGCCUCAGAACAAGUGUGCAUCAAAGGAAUGAUUUCAGUGAGCCCAGACUCUCAUAUGUAGGUGCACUAAAUUCCUUAACUUGAGAUGCCUGGUUUUCUUGAACAGUCAUCUUUUGAUGUUCUGACUACCUGGUCUUUGUUGUGAAAACUCCUAUAUAUCCUGGCUUCCCACCUUGCUUGCCUCUUCAGAGCAGUCCCUCAGAGUGACUUGGGAUGAUGCGUCCCAGGCUUAGGUCCUCAGUUUUGUCUGUGGAAUAAAGCAUAACUCUCAACUCUUACUUUGUGCUUUUUUUUUUUUUUUUUUUCAGUCGACAACCUGUUAGGCGGAAGCUGACUUCAGAGCCCUCCUUCCUGCCUCCCUGGUGCCCACUUUCCUGAGUGUUUACCCGCUCAACAACUGAUCAAGAAACAUGUUUAUAUAGUUACUAUGGCAUUUUUAGCCUUUUUACAGCAGGAGAGCCAGAGGACCUUGUAUACCAGACUACAUGAAAUGGCUCUCUUGUUUUUAUUUUGAAACCUUUUUUCCUCUUGUUUACAAAAUUGUGUUCAUUAUAGAAAAUCACAGUUAAAAAAAAGCCAAGAAUAAAUUUAAAAAUUGGUCACAAUCUCAUUCCUCAGAAUUAAAAAUUUAGCAUUUUACUUUAUUACUCUAACUUCCUACACCUAUAAUUUUUAAAAUAAGAUGAACUGAAAAUAACCAUCUUAGUUUAUAUUAGAUUAUAUUUUAAAAUAUUCCCUACAGAGGUUCUUUUAGAUUGCUCUGAUUUAAUGUUAUGAUUUGUGCUUCUAUUGUAGGUAGGCAUAAGAAAAGGUUCCCCUGAAAUUCUCCAUCUGCUAUAAAGCAGGAGUAGGUGUUGGAAUAUUGUAAUAUUACUCUGUACACCAUUUCAUUCAAUCCUGCAUAUUCAUUAGAAGAACUGAUGCUGAAGCUGAAACUUGAAUACUUUGGCCACCUGAUUCAAAGAGCUGACUCAUUGGAAAAGACCCUGAUG